UUCCAUUUUCAGUUUGAGUCUGAUAGUAGCAGUGGAUGUAUUUUACUGUUGUAUUCUGUGAUAUUGUCCAGGUCAAUACGAAAGUAAGUGAUGCUCUAGUAAAUGAUAUUUAACCCUUUAAGCCCUAAUAUUCACAUACAAAUUCUUCAAACUAAUACUAGAUAUUUCCUCAAAGAAUUAGUUGAGAGAAUGUGAUUAAAAAAAUCAAAGCAUUUUCCUUUCAAUGAUCAUCUCCUUAAUUCCUUAAAAAAAAAUCAAAGCAUUUUUCUUUCAAUGAUCAUUUCCUUAAUUCUCAUAACCUUUAGUCUUGAUUUUGCAUUGAUAUCGUGAGGAGAAAGUUGAUGUUGGUCACUCUUAAAUGAAUAAAUAACAAUGUAUGAUUUAGAUGUAGCGUAUCCACAUGGUUGUUCUUCGUCUAUUACUUACUGAUAAGGAUUGUCAUUUAGUGCCGGAGGGCCGGGCAUUUCCCCCGGCUGUUAUGAGUAUGACCCCUGCCCACUUUCUUAAGACACAAAAGGAAAUAGAAUCAAAGAACCUCCCAGCUGUUAAAUCCCCGCCUUCCAGUAAGUGCAUAUGCACGGUACAUUGCUUAUCUUGUGACUUACGUUGCAUCUCAUGCUGGCAUUUUGAGCUGAUCUUUGUGGAUCAGGUGUUUUAUUCCAAUCUUUGCGGAUUCUGGCUCCCACCCCCUCCCUCCCCUUUUUGGGUUUGUCCGUUGGUAAGUACGGGGUCAGGUGAAUAUUUUCCACUGAAUUUCCUUCAGUGUGACGGUGCCAGUUGGCGGCUGCAUGCAGGGGUGGUUCCCGCUUGCAGGGUUGCCAUGGAUACCUCCUUGCUAUGUCUGAGCCGCUCAGGCUCUCGUCCAACCAUUAAGGCACCAGUUCUCAAGUUCAUCUAUUGGCGAUGAGUUUAACGGCAAAUAGUUGACUAGGGGCAAAGAAGUAUCAAUGUCAGUAGAAAUCGAGAGUAAGCCUUUGUGUUAUAAUUUCGAGAAAAAUAAUCUGCUAGUAUUAUAUUGCAAGUUUAAUGUAAGGGAGCUUCUGGUGAUUUUUAUCAAGUAUUUAGUGGCCUUAAACUUUUCUUGUUUAAGAGUGAUAUCUGAUAUGGAUGAACCUCAAGGCAGGCUGAUGGAUGCUCACGACUACUGCACGCAGGUUAGGUUUUCAAUGCAGUACAUGUAUACUACAAUCUUUUUCAUUUACGGGUAUGGAUCAAUCUGACGACGAUGACGAGGAUGAUGAUGAUGAUGAUUUCCCCGACGUUAAUCUUAAAUGGAAUGGAUAGUCUUUGUAGGUUAUGCCUUCGCGUGCCUAUUUAUUGAGUUCAAAAUAGCUCAUAUGUCAGUGGUGUGAGCGUAUGUAUCUUUGUGGCUUUGUAUCUUUGUAACUUUGUAACUUUGUAUCUUUGUAACUUUGUAUGUUCGGAUGUUUGUUGCAAGAGCCAAUAAGGUUGAAGGUACUAUGAGUUGAUGCUAAGGAACCAAUGAGAUCUUGGCAUCUACUUAAAAAUCACAUUGCUAAAGGUCGAACAAGGGCACUUUAAGACCGCCAUCUUGAUUCGUCUUUUAUUACGGCUACAGGUGUUUGGAAACAUUAUAUUAAAUAUCUUCAUGAUUCAAACGCUGUGUACAGUGAUGCAGCUGUUUAAGGGUUCAUAUUUUAGUGUGGAUGCUACUUCAAGACAUUUCUGACCGAAUUCGGCUAUCGCGAACGGUACCACGCACGUAUUUAUGAGUUGUGUUUCACCUGCUUCAAGGUAGAGUAUAAACGAUCAUAUAUUUUCAAAGCUCUUCCAGUGAAGCAAUAAUUGAUAUUUAGAUAUGGACUUUAAUUCGAAAGUAUGCGGCCUAUAAAAUGUGGUUUCAGAAGUUUGAAAAGCAGCUUAUUUUUUUAAAAGCUGUACCGAGUAUUGUUAAUCCUGUAAACAAGCUGUAGAAAUAUUAUUCUCUCGCUUACAAAGUUCAACAGACCUUUUUUGUUCCGGCAAAACAACAACAAAAAGGAAUAAUAAGUGAACAACGUGAUACAUCCUUCCUGCAUACUAAGCAUUAUAGUUAUUGAAACGUAUUUUAUUUAGUAAAGAUGCGUAUAAACUUAAGUAGAAACAGUAGCGUUUGGGAAUAAAAUUGGAAGAAGCUAGUUGACACAAUAAUUAGGUACUGCUUUAUUGAGUGGAGUAACAUGAUAUGAGCAGAAAUAUAUUUCGGCAGUUUGAUAAUUUUCUUGGAAGUUAAUAAAUGUUAGGCUAUCAACCUUGACGUUGCAUGAAACAUAAUUUAAUUGCAGAUGUUGUAAUAAGGCCGAGGUGAUUUCUUAAAAUCGCUUGAGAAAAUUUUGUAGUAAACAAUUUGCCUUUUUUUUAACGUACGAAUUGUAAAAGGGCCAAAGACCAACAUCUUCAUGUGCAAAUUGUGUGCAAGAGUUAUUUUUAUAAUUCUGUUUACUAGUUUAUUGUGUGAUAACUCGAAUUCCCUCACGUACGAACCACGAAAGGGGACAAAGUCCGACACUUUCACGUGCCAGCUGUGUGACUGUACAUCUCAUGCAGAUUGGCUUUUCACAAUAAUAAAUAGUAACUUGGACGUAUGAAGACCUGUUUCGUUUUAUAACCAAUGCCUUAAAAAAGGCUCUUGCCUUUUAAGAAGCAAUAGCUUUUAAAACAUGAAGUAAUAAGUUGUCGGAGUUAAAGACUGUUUCACUGAGUAGAAUCGCACGUGAAAACCUCGUGAAUUAUGAUGACGCAACCAUCUACCUCAAUGAUAAAAAUCCUGGUAUUUCGUAACUAUUCAGUAUUCGAUGAGUCACAUUUUGGCUUAAGAAACUCCGAGGAAACCUUAGAGUUUUCCUUCUAAUCAACGUUUGGUGAGUAGAAAUUUAUUUUACAUUAGCAAUUUGUUUAACUUGCACCAGAUGUAACUGGGAAAGACAGAGGAAAGUGAAUACAUAGGUUGAGGAUCGACUCAGCUGAGCGUUUCGCGUUUUCAUUUAUGUAGCGCAAUACCCAAUUUCGCACAAAAACCAAAUCUACAUUUAGGAUGAAAAAGGUAGAUUCAUCACUCUUGGUAAGGUUACACCGAAGUAUUAUAGUUACACUGAAGCAUUCAAAAUAGCUCAUGCACGUUGAACGUGCCUAUGUUUUUAAUAGAAUGUUCAAUAUUAUAAUUUUUUGUAUGUCUGCUAACACCAUUCUUAGCGCAGUUUUCCCAGGUGCGGUGGUAAGGUGUCCCCUUAGUCCCUUGAUGUAUCAUACAAGUGUUUGUUACUUUGUUUGUUUGUCUGUUUCCGUCUUUCUUUCGUUCUUUCUUAAUAGCUGAAAUUUCGUCCAGUUUGAGCUUCUUUUUCAUUAACUGCAGCAAAAGUCUCAUUCUCGUUCUUAUUACAUGUAUUGUCCUUUACAGGAACUGGUGAACUUGUUAAUAACUGGAAAGGCUGUCUCAAACACAUUCGAUAACAUCAUGGAAGUUGAUACAGGGGGUUCGAAAAAGGUGUAGUAUUUAAGACGAUGUCAUGAAGGAUAUUUUUCAUCGUGUUUAAUGUGUUUAAAGGGUUCCGUUUAUCGUUUGUCCCAAGAUUGUCACUUGUGAUCGCGACUUACUUAGGUCCUCGUCAGGCGAUAAAGUUGAUUUACUGAGUGAGACUGUUUGUACCCCACCCCCAUUGUUGUUAAUGAUUGGUGUACAGUCGACCCCUGCUUUACGGACACCUGGUUAAUACGGACACUUUCUAUGGCUCCCUUAGUGUCCGUAUUCACGCGGUUCGCCUGUAUCACGCACCUAAGGCGAUUUUUACUGAUAUGUGAAAAUUUUCCUUGUCCUCGGAGAAAGAAAGCCCUUACUUUUUCUCUUAAUUCAACCCGUGUAAUACGAACACCCCGUUAAUACGAACACUUUCUAUGGCCCCCUCAGAGUCCGUAUUUACGGGUUUUGACUGUAUGACGAACCUAUUAAAGAGGAUUUUCACCCAUAUGUAUAAAAGAAUUACAACGAUUCAAUGUGAUAGACUAUCUCGAGAAUAUCUGAAGGAAUUCCCCUUUUACUUUGCGACUGCUGAUGCCUCUUAGUUUUUUUAAACAUUCUGUUUAAUCUUUCGACAUGAACGUCUUAUAGUAAGGUUUUCUGCUUCCCUAUAAAUGCUAACAUUGACCGAUCUUUUUGUGUGUGUUUUUUUUAGAAUGUCUUCAAAGGGAUAGAUAAACAAAGUGACAUCGGGUUUUUGUCCUUAUUUGAACAUUACAAAUCAUGCGAGGUUGGUGAUGACUAGAGAUAUUAGCGAGCUUAAGCAACGGUGACGGCGACGGCGACGGCGACGGCAACGAGGACGGGAAAAAAGCAAUAGGUUUAGAGCCUGUUUACAUGGAGGUGGGGGACCCCAGGUAGGGGAGGUAACCCGCUUAGGUCGGGUAACCCACCUCUCCAUAUAAUCUCCCAUUUUAAUUUGAUCACGUUUACAUGAUAUGUGGGGUGACCCUCUGUAUGUUACCUCACCUAUCUGGAGUCCCCCACCGCCAUGUAAACAGACCCUUAGAUUGGCAAAACAAUACGCUUUUUUGUGCAUUUCUUCGCCGUCGUUGCACGACUACAACGUGAAGGUGCCUAAUUUCACGUUUUGUCGAGGACGAGAACACGCGACUUUCUUUUCCUUUACUUUGAUACAGUCCUUUAGAAUUCAACUACAAAAAAUUUGCCAACAUUUGACGAGUUAAACGAGAUGCUAUAAGCGCGAUAGAAUUUGAGGCAACGCGAAUUCACUUUUCAGGUGACUUUUUAGUAGUCGUUGUUGUCGUUGUUGCUUAAGCUGCCUAUUUCUUUGUGUAGAGAGGAAAGAAGGGGGGCGGGGGUGUGAUGAAAGGGGCCGGGAGGUGCUUACCCACUGUCACCGUCUUUAGGGAGUUUAAGCAGCUACGUUUUUGAGCGACGCAUGUCAACCGGAAGUGAAUUUUUUUUUCUAUGUGCCUUUUCUCUUAUGUGUUCAAAAUCACGGCUCAAGAGCGCAAAAAGUACACUUCCGGUUGACGUGCGUCGCUCAAAAACGUCGCUGCUUAAAUUGCCUUUUAUUUUUCUGCACACCUCCAAGGCUGCUUCCUGUUCCUCCCAGUUUAAGUGGAACAGAACUCGUUUUUCUUCUUUAAUACAUUGAGGCAAACCUUAGGGUGGAGCUCCCGUCCAUAAUAGUGGACCUUGGAAAUGAACAGACUGUUAGACGUUUUCGUAGCCGUCGCCGUCGCCGUCGCCGUCCUUGUUGCUUGUUGCAGGCAUUAACUCGUCUGGAUAGAGCCAAGCUCUGUAGAUAGGCUGGUUGACAUACGUUGGUUUGUAACGUCCCGAGUAAAAAAUAAGGGCGACUGAAACAAUCCAGAUUAUUAUAUGGAAAUCAGGCUUAAGGUUUAACCCUUUAUGUCCCACGGGUAACCAACACCAAUUAUCUCCUAACAAUAUUUGUACAUUAUCAAGAGACCGGGUUAUGAGAAUUAAUAAAGUCAUCACUUAAGUGAAGAUGCUUUGAUCUUAAAUCAUAUUCUCUCAACUUGUUUUUCAAGGAAAUGUAAGGAGAUCAGUGUGAGGAAUUUUUAUGUUGAUAUUGGGGCUUAAGAGCGAAUGCACAGAAAAAUCGAGCAAACCGUGGCCACAGCUCAGAACCUAACCUACCCUCAUUUUAAGUCUGUAAUAAGGUUUUAAUGAUUUUAUAACACUGCUGAGGUUUAAAUUUCAAAAUGCGGCCGAGUUUGGGAAUUAUUUGAGAUUUUCGAUUUCCACGGUCUGCGGGCCUAAAAUUAGCCGAACACGGCAAUAUAGCCUAGCGACAGAAAUGAGCUGACUUUCAUAAACGAGCGAAUAUAUUGGCAAUCUUCCACUUAAAUCUCAAAAAACAGAUAUCUAACAAUUUCUAAACAGCACAUUUUUUUAGAUGUUGAGAAUAAAAUAUCGCCAACGAGCACAAUUUUGAAACGUAAUUUGCAUAAUGCUUAUCAAUACAACAAUUUACCGCUAAAACCAAAAUCGAAUUUUUUAUAUGGGGGAAUUCUCCAAAUCACCCCAAAUCUCGGUUACUACCCAAUGAGAUAUAGUACUUCAACAUUAUCUGAAAGUUAGUCUGGUGUUCUUGCGAACGCUUGUAAAAUAGAUUGAUUAUUUUGAGGUUAUUUUGCCCCAAACAACCGCUAAUUGACCCCAGGGUCAAUUGACACGUGCACGUCACCUUAGUUUUAUGAGUCGAUUUGAGCUCGUUAAAAGGGAGAAACUAACAAGAUUCUUUUUAUAUGUACCUGUUUUAAUGAAAUGCAUGCAAUCUUCAAAAGGAGAGGCCGUUCAAUGGGUAAUUUCUGUUCUUGAGAUCUUGGAGAUUGCAGCAUGGCGUCUGCGAGCGGACCUGAGUCUAGGUCUGUUUUCCCGUGACUGCGAAAUUAGAAUAACAUCUUGAAAUAAUUCUCGCUCUAACCUUCGUAAAUGAAUCAGCUUUUCAGUGCCUUACCUGAGAUAAAAAGUGGGCCGAAUAGGAAAACAUUUCUAGCGCAAUUUGGAUCCUUUGCAGCACGUAGUGUUUUGUUAAGUGGCGAUGGUAUCAAUGACUUUUAACUAGUUACUCACCUCCGAUUGCGUGGCCAGGCAAUUAUCGAUUGUCUCCUGCGAAAAAUAAGUGCACGGGAAACGAAUGCUUUCGGGAUACAGUAAAUUUAUUUUCCUGUAUGACCAGCUGUACUUUUGUCCUAUUUUAAAAGUGGUUAACUAAGACGGUUAGCAAACAUACCGUCCCACUUUAAAAAUGGUACAGUAACUGAAUGUUCUGUUUUCUGAUUUUACCCCCAACCGCGGAGUGUUCAGAAGAUAUAUUUGCAAAACGCAUGAAAGGCAAAUGAAUUAAUUUUUAAGGUUCAAGGCGGUUUUAAGGCACGGACUAUCAGUGGAUUAGUCAUGACUUGUCAUAAGGUGCAUUGAACAGAAAAUUGCAGUGAUGAUAUCUCUGCUAUUGUAUGUCCGUUAAGUGAUUUUCCGGCAAACAUUAUUUUUCGACUUUUUUACCCCAAAAGUUUUUUCCGUUCAAGUCUUAUCUUUGAGAUCUAAACUUAAAUAAAUUUCUGUCAUUUGUUGUUAAAUGCAAUUCUGCAAACAACUAAGUAUUUAAUUCUGCGUAAAAGCUACACGAAAUUGUCUUGUUUAGCCGUAAAUCAUUAAAAAGAGAAAGCAUCAGACUUUCUCUUUUCAAGUCUAGUAGGACCUAAGCAAUGGCAUUGCUUAAGUCCUCCGGGUAGUUGUUCUCCUUGUCUGCUAAGGAGGAAACAGUUUGCUCUUUUCAAGAAAUUGUUCUUGCCCAUUGCGGUUUCAAACCAAGGAUAGCAGCAGGUCUGUCGUGGUCAUAUACCGCUACUUCAGUGCAAACGAAGCAUAGGCGCACAAGUCAGCGCUUGCGUUUAGUCAGGUGCCGAAAAUGAAGUGGAAACUUAACCCCAAGGGCGUCCAUGUUCGCUGCGGCUCGAAAAGGUAGAAUGCAACAUAGUAAAGCAGUUGUGCAGUAAAAAGUAAUGCGAAAAACCUUCGGGGGCUGGGGAAAGAAAGGUGUCUUAUUUUUCUUUGGCUUGUUCUAUUUUUGCGACGUGGUACAGGCUACGAAAUACUGACAAGCUCACAUAUGUCUUCACCACCGAGAGUCACUUGCCCUUAGCCGGACACGCCCCUCACGUAUCGUGUCUCGUUCUUAAAGUUAUUUCAAAGCACAGAACCAAACCUAAUCAGCGGCCGAAGGCAGAAAGGGGGAUGAGCAAACGGAUGUCACAGCAUAUUUUGCAAGAAACCGGUAUCCUUGUGCCUAUCGACUCAGGAACGAUUGAUUACUACUAGAAUUAAUAUCAGGUCAGAAUUUGAGUGCUACAAUGGGAGGGAAGGAAGAAAAGGAAACCGCCGCGCACACCUGUUAAGACUUUUAUAAACUUUCUCGUCCUGGCGGUUUCAAAGAAGGGCGUUGUGGCUGCUAUUUAAUUUACAGUGUUUGUUGCAGGUGUUGAAUUAAUCUUACAGCAACUGGAAACGUGGCCACGCCUGCUGAAACUGAUAUUGCUUAUAGCAUGAACGGCUAUAGUUUGGUAUAUUCACGAGCGCGUUUUGUCCAGUGAACUGAGUGCGUAGUUUUCUUAACGAAGGCAUGGGUGGGUCAAGUGAAUAGUUCGGGGAAAGUUUGCUUUUUUUAUGGGGGAGGGGGGUUAUAUUUGUUGAUAUCAGGAGUUCUGGCCUGGAUAGAGUCGUUGUAAAGCUAUCUUUUCUUCGCAGUAUCGGUUUACCGGAAGCUGAACAAGGAAAUGUCAAUGGUGCAUUUAUGAAAUAAUUAUAGAGAUUCUCACGGUCUAACAGUGCGACGAUUAGACUUCUGGGAAGGUGGCAACGAUCAAGGCCCGCAUUAUAAUUCAUGAUAAUUGAAGGUCAUGAUGUGGAAAAAGCGACUCAAAUGGUGGAUGCCAUGCAAUCCUCAGUCGCGGGUGGGGGCGGCGUACCUGGCCUUAACGGUUGCCCCUGCGACAGAAGGCAAGCAUGUCCAGAUUGUCCACGGGUUGCUAACGAGACCGUCCCUUUCUUAGUACCCGUUCCCUGUCUUAUGAUUAGACCCGGGCAAAUUUCUCGAGAUUGCACCAUCAUUUUGGGCUUAAAGCUUCCAAAGUCCAACAAUUAUAAUAGCGCAUGUUCGCGACGGUUUUUUAAGUCAGUCAAGUUCUUAAACCAGGCCUUAAACGCCCAGUUUUAAGUGUCGAUAACAGUUAAAAAGGCAUACAAGCCUCAUGCAAAAGACAGUGGGAAGGAAGUGCACAUCGGUGAUGGGGAAAAAGGAGUAGCCCACAGUUAUUUAGGGGUGGAUCUUUCGAAACAUUCUUAUACUCUUGGACAGAUAUGCAUUGUUUAUGCAUUCCCAGGUUUGUUUACUCACCUCAGCAAUACACUGCGUUCCCUUGCUUUUUUCCACGAAGGAUACAAAUUGCGCAAGAAAUGUUUUCCUGUUCGGCCCACUUUUUAUCUCAGGUAAGGCACUGCAAAGCUUAUUCACUUACGAAGAUUCGAGGGAGAAUUAUUUCUUGAUGUUAUUCUGGUUUCGCAGUCACGGGAGAACAGACCUAGACUCAGGUCCACUUGCAGACGCCAUGCUGCAAUCUACAAGAUCUCAAGAAUAGAAAUUACCCAUUGAACGGCCUCUCCUUUUAAAGAUUGCAUGCAUUUCAUUAAAACAGGUACAUAUAAAAAGAAUCUUGUUAGUUUCUCCCUUUUAACGAGCUCAAAUCGACUCAUAAAACUAAGGUGACGUGCACGUGUCAAUUGACCCUGGGGUCAAUUAGCGGUUGUUUGGGGCAAAAUAACCUCAAAAUAAUCAAUCUAUUUUACAAGCGUUCGCAAGAACACCAGACUAACUUUCAGAUAAUGUUGAAGUACUAUAUCUCAUUGGGUAGUAACCGGCAUUUGGGGUGAUUUGGAGAAUUCCCCCAUAUAAAAAAUUCGAUUUUGGUUUUAGCGGUAAAUUGUUGUAUUGAUAAGCAUUAUGCAAAUUACGUUUCAAAAUUGUGCUCGUUGGCGAUAUUUUAUUCUCUACAUCUAAAAGAAUAUGCUGUUUAGAAAUUGUUAGAUAUCUGUUUUUUGAGAUUUAAGUGGAAGAUUGCCAAUAUAUUCGCUCGUUUAUGCAAGUCAGCUCAAUUCUCUCACUGGGCUAUUUUCCCGAGUUCGGCGGCGGAUUUUAGGCCCGCAGGCCGUUGAAAUCGAAAAUCUCAUAUAAUUCCCAAACUCGGCCGCAUUUUGAAAUUUAAACCUCAGCAGUGUUAUAAGCUCAUUAAAACCUUAUUACAGACUGAAAAUGAGGGUAAGUUAGGUUUUGAGCUGUGGCCACGAUUUGCCGAUUUUGCUCGAUUUUUCUGUGCAUUUGCUCUUAAGGUUUAACCGGCGUAUAGUUCAAAGGAGCAGUUUUGCUCGUAGUUACUAAAACAAGGAAUGACCUACAAUGAUCUACAAUGACCUACAAUGACCUACAAUGAUCUACAAUGACCUACAAUGAUGAUCUACAAUGACCUACAAUGACCUACAAUGAUCUACAAUGAGCUACUAUGAGCUGCUAGGAGCUAAAAUGAGUUAAAAUAAGCCCUACAAUGAGCUACAAAAUGACAGACAAUGAUGUUAAGCUACGUUUGUCGUGUGUCACGCUUGGACGUGACACUAGGCUCAUGGUAUUAAAUUGCCAAGCACAUUUUGAAAAGGCAAAACAAAAAUAAAGCCUGAUCUCAGGUAACUUGAGAAACUUGAAAAUAAAUUAUUGCAAUCGCGUUUUUACCGGUAACACUAUUAUACCCUGUAUUGAUGGAAGUCAUCCUGCGCCUGCGUGAAUCCUGUAUUGUCACAGUACUGUGACUUUUGUCCAAACCAUCCCUUGCAACCUUUCCCGUUAGUUGUGUUUUGUGUUGUCUUUUUUUUCAAACAAAUUAAACAGUACUGUGACAAUACACUGGAUUCACGCAGGCGCAGGAUGACUUCCAUCGAUACGGGGUAUAAUAGUGUUACCGGUAAAAACGCGAUUGCAAUAAUUUAUGUUAAGUUUCUCAAGUUACCUGAGAUCAUGCUUUAUUUUUGUUUUGCCUUUUCAAAAUGUGCUUGGCAAUUAAUACCAUGAGCUUAGUGUCACGUCCAAGCGUGACACAGGACAAGCAUCAUAAUUGUCUGUCAUUUUGUAGCUCAUUGUGGGGCUUAUUUUAACUCAUUUUUUACUUAUUUUAGCUCCUAGCAGCUCAUAGUAGCUCAUUGUAGAUCAUUGUAGGUCAUUGUAGAUCAUUGUAGAUCAUUGUAGGUCAUUGUAGGUCAUUGUAGGUCAUUGUAGAUCAUUGUAGGUCAUUCAUUGUUUUAGUAACUACGCAGUUUUGCUACCCUGCAGAACAGGCGUUAUUUUUUGCGUUUCUCAAACAAACUGCUGUGAUAAACAUAUAAGGGAAUAUAAACGCAUUUUUGUUUAUCACCGCUGUUUGCUUUUUGUUUCUUCUUCAGCUUAGAUGGCCAAACAACAUGAGUAUCUACGAUGUACUGACAAAAUUCAUCAUUUCAUUUGUUACAGGUUGGUGUGAAUUACAAGACUCCCAAUUAUCCUAUUUGGGUGAUAUGCAGCGAGAGUCACUUCAGUGUCUUGUUCUCUAUCGACAGAAACCUCUUGGACGACUGGUAAGCUUAUAAUGACUAGUAAAUGGCCGUAUUUACACUAGAGGCGGAUUAUCCGUUGGAUAAUUCGCGUCAGACAGAUAAUACGUCUUAGUUUUGGAUGGACAAUCCACCUGACUUCAUCCAUCUGUAUUUCCUUCAAUUUUGACGGAUUUUCAAGAUGGAUUAUCCGUCUCAAACGGAUAAUCCGUCUCCAGUGUGAAAACAGCCAUUGAUACUAGCCAAUUUACGGCAUUUGAACUUAUCAGCCUGUUUUUAUUCUUCCUAAAGACUUCUAUUCUUUGAUGUUGUCACUGAAAGCCAUUUAUGUAGUAAUGAGGAGUUUUAUUCCUUCCGUUUUGUUAAAAACACUGAUGGUGUAAAAGGGAUGCUACGUCCUGGUCACUUAUAGUGCUUUACCGAAGCGUUAGAAAAUUACGUCUAUCAGCGACCAGUUUACAGGCAAAUGAUGAUGGUCGGACACCAACUGUAUGAAGGAGUGGGAAACUGUCCACUUACCCCUCCCCUAAGCCAACAUUAACACUUACUUCUCACUUAGGGCAAAAUGUUGGCUUAGGGGAGGGGUAGGUGGGCAGUCUCCCAGAAACGUAUAAUGAUCAGAUCAAAGCGUGCAAACUCAGAGGCAACGUUUUGGUAUCGAGGUUUCUCGAAACUGACCACCUACCCCUCCCCAAGUCGACGUUAACUUUUAUUUCUCACGAAGGGUAAAAUUGUUACAUAGGGAAGGGGUAGGUGAUCCAAGCUUUGGGCACCUCCAAGGGAAAUUGGACCAAGAGUACUCUUGUUAGACGCUUAUACUAAGCUUAGCAAGCCAUGGUGCCCACACGACCGAGGCUUCUCCCAGUCUCUUUAGUAUGAGAAACCUGGGUGUAAUGCUUUCCUCCCCCGCCAUCUCUCCCGCUAGGAAAGGAAACUUCUGCAUGUAGGCUAUCGCAGGGUUACCGCUAGCAGUAUGUCGCCAGGUUCCGUUAAUACACAUGAGUGAGGAGAGACAACGUUAAGGAAUGAACGCGAUGGCAGGGCUUGAAACCUGAACUACGGAUCCGAAGCCAGAGGUCCUUGCUGGCCGGAAGUCCUAGUCAUAAUUGUUGAAGCACUCGCGGAUUUCUUCGACCCUUCCGCUUCAAUGUUUAUACAAAAAAGUCCAAGCAAUCUCUUAAAACCAACACUGGGAGAAGGAGACCUUAAGGGAAUCGGAGCAUGUAUUCGUGGAAUGACUUGGUUUAUCUUGUUUUUUCAAGAUUAUGAUAGUCAUUGCAGGAUUGGAUGUGUGGAUAAUGUGCUAUCUAACUGCAAUAUAGGAGUCGAUGUAGGCUCUAACGAUUGAUUGUUUGUUUGAUUGAUUGAUUGAUUGAUCGAUCGAUUAAUUGAUUGACAUACACAGGAGGUUAGAGAAGAAGUUUGAUCUUUAUUACUAUGAUGGUCUGGCACGGCAGGAUGAGGAGUUAAGAUUGACAGUUGGUGAGUAAGCAUUACUUCCUGUAAACUGCCAUAGUGUAAGCUAUAUGGUCUUGCUUGGGUACAUAGCUGUUACAGGCUAGCUAAUGGCCUAGAAAAAAGAUACUUCAAGGUCAUGAAAAAGUCAGGGAAGUUAUUUUGAGUCAGGAAAAAUUGAAAUACUUAACAAAAACUAAGGGAAAAUUGAAAUUUUAAUUCCACGGGUUAAAUACCAUUAAUAUGGAAAAACGCAUUUCAGGUUAAUAUAAUCUCAGAGAUGUCUUUUGUUGAUGAAAUUACGAUAGCGUCCCUGUAAUAUGUAUGACAUCAUCUCAUUUCAACUGAAGCCUCCUUUUUCAUGAAAGAAAGAUAAAAAGGCGUUUGGCAAAUAAAAACAAGAAGAAAAAAAAGAAAAGAAAAAAAAAAAAUCAACACUAUGAAAGCGUAUUACAAAACGUACAUUUUAGGUGCCUGAAAAAAGCCGUUUAAUUGUGGACGGCAGAAGACUUAAAACGGAGAAAAAAUGGUUUCAAAAAUAUUCGGAUACGUGUGGACGGAGCCUUUAAGUAAUUUCAUCUUUCUCUUGAUAAAGAUACAACAAAAGAAUGCCCAGAAUACAAGGACACUGAUCUUGUGCCUCCACUGGAACACUGCAUACGAACAAGGUGA